CUUCUCUCACCAGAUAUUCCUCCUACAGCGUUGUUGUGUUUUGCUAAUGUAUCGAGUGACAAACAGUCCCUGAUGCUGUCCUGCAUCUGGGAUGGAGGAGCUCCGAAAGCCUUAGUUUGGUGGGAUGCACCAGGAGGUCAGGGCAAAGCUGGAGAAGAAACCUCCAAUGUCCUGGUCGUGAGAUACAACAGUUUUUACUUUGGGAAGCCCUACGUGUGUUACGCUAAGCAUCCACUAAUGGUCCAAACUAAGACCUGCAGCCUCACACUUGCUACUGUCAGUAAGCCGUCUCUCUUGAUAAGUGAAGCAGCUCCAGUGGAAAAAUCAACGACAUGGAUGCGAUGUAACGUGGAAAAUGGUACAAAGCCAAUCCUGUAUGUGUGGCAAUAUAAAAAUAACAGCGGCAGUAUCACAACAUUUGCACAAGGCAACAGCAGCAUGGUCACUAUGAGCAACGUUAACCGAAGCGUCACCGGCCUGUACCGCUGUGUGAGCAGCAACUUCAUCAACAGUGAGAGCUCUGACUGGUUUUUACUGGACGUUAUCUGUGAGUAUUAAAGGCACACUGAGUAACUUUGGCAUGUUUUAAAAUAAUUUUCUUGAGCCAGCAGGCACUAAAACGAUCCUUUAAAAGGUGAAGGAAAAGCCUCUGUCCUCUGCUGCUUGUGGGUAGAACUUGAGCCAGACCGGUGACCUGAAGUCCCACAAAGUCACAUAUCUUGCGAGGUGCAGUAACGCUUCAGGGCAAUGCGUUUACACCUCAAAACCACAGCUAACAAGUCUCCUGCUUUGGCUGGGAUGCUCCCGUAUUUUACCUGUUCCUUCCUGUUUUUCCAUUUUAGUAAUUCCCCUUACAAUGUCCCGCAUUCACUGAAAUUUUUAUACUCGUUCUCCUGGAGACAGGAAGGACAUGUAAAGUACCAGUGGUCAUAUUUUCACCAACAAAUUGACCAGAGGUCAACCUUUCGUUUGCAGACAUGAA